GCGUCAAAAAUUGGAAGAAAGAAAAACAAAUCCCAAUCUAAUUAGUUAGGGUUUCAAAAGCUGAUUGAUUGAAUCGGAAAAGAUGUCUUCUUCUGGCGGUGGCGGUAUGGUGGAGUGUAGAUACAUAACACAAGAAUGUAUACGUGAAUGGAAGAAUGGAAACAAUUCCUUUAAACCACCUUCUCCCCCUCUCCUUCUUCGUUUUCAAUAUGAACUUUCUUGGAAUAUUGUUAAAGGAGAGUUACCGAUUAACAAGUGCAAAUCUGCGCUCGAGUUGGUUGAUUGUUCUGAUAAUAAUGACGAAGUUGCUUCUAAUUUUGCUGAUAUUGUUUCUCAAAUGGCUCUAGAUCAUACAAUGCCCGGAGAGUAUCGUGCUCGUCUGAUUAAGUUGGCAAAGUGGAUGGUGGAACAUUCUGUGGUUCCUUUGAGGCUCUUUCACGAACGAUGUGAGGAAGAAUUCCUAUGGGAUUCAGAGAUGAUUAAGAUAAAGGCAGCUGAUUUAAAGUCAAAAGAGGUCAGGGUUAACACCCGUCUUCUUUACCAACAAACAAAAUUCAACCUCCUUCGAGAAGAAAGUGAAGGCUAUGCUAAGCUGGUUACCCUUCUCUGUCAAGGUUCGGAGGAUAGGUCUCAAAAUACAUCAGCUGCAACAGUUGGCAUAAUCAAGUCAUUAAUUGGACACUUCAAUUUGGAUCCAAACCGUGUCUUUGACAUUGUAUUGGAAUGUUUUGAACUUCAGCCUGAUAACAAUGCCUUCUUGAACCUGAUACCUAUAUUUCCAAAGUCCAAUGCUUCUCAAAUUCUUGGGUUCAAGUUUCAAUAUUACCAGCGUAUGGAAGUGCAUAAUACUGUACCUUUUGGGCUUUAUCAGCUUACAGCAAUACUGGUCAAGAACGAAUUUAUUGAUCUUGAUAGCAUAUACACUCAUCUACUUCCCAAUGAUGAUGAAGCCAUUGAGCAUUAUAAUGUAUUUUCAGCAAAGCGACUUGAUGAGGCUAAUAAAAUUGGCAAGAUUAAUCUUGCUGCUACCGGGAAGGAUCUUAUGGAUGACGAAAAACAAGGAGAUGUGACAGUAGAUCUUUUUGCUGCUUUAGAGAUGGAACGCGAAGCAGUUAUAGAACGCUCUUCAGAGCUUGAAAACAGUCAAACUUUGGGGUUGCUUAUUGGUUUUCUUUUUGUGGACGACUGGCAUCAUGCUAAUAUCCUUUUUCGUCGCCUCUCACCUCUCAAUCCAGUUGAACAUAUUCAGAUAUGUGAUGGACUCUUCAGGAUUAUUGAGAAAACAAUUUCUCCUGCUUAUGAACUUGUCCGUCACUCACCGCUUCAAGCUACAGGAGAUUCGGAUUUUAUGGAGACAGAUAAUAACCUCAUUAGGAGAUUGUUCAUUGAUCUCCCAAAAGAGUUAUUUGAGAUGCUUACUUCUGUUGGACCCUAUCUUCACCGUGAUACAUUACUGCUCCAAAAGGUGUGCAGAGUGUUGAGAGGUUAUUACCUGUCUGCCCUUAAGAGUGUCACUUCUGGUGAUGGCUCUAAUUCGGAUACUGGUUUGAGUGGAAAUCGAACUCCUCGCUUCCACUUAAAGGAAGCCAGGUUAAAUCUUGAGGAAGCCUUUGGUGCAUGUUUACUUCCUUCACUGCAAAUGAUACCGGCAAAUCCGGCUGUUGGACAGGAAAUCUGGGCUGUAUUGAGCCUCCUUCCAUAUGAGGCAAGGUAUCGUCUAUAUGGUGAAUGGGAGAAGGAUGAUGAGUGCAGCCCCAUGGUUCAAUCUGCAAAGCAGACAGCAAAGUUGGACACUAGAAGGAUCUUGAAACGGCUUGCAAAGGAAAAUCUAAAGCAGCUUGGAAGGAUGGUAGCCAAAUUAGCUCAUGCAAAUCCCAUGACCGUUCUUCGAACUAUUGUCCACCAGAUAGAGGCAUACAGGGAUAUGAUUGCUCCCGUUGUUGAUGCAUUUAAAUAUCUAACACAGCUUGAGUAUGAUAUUUUGGAAUAUGUUGUGAUCGAACGUCUGGUACAAAGUGGGCGUGAAAAGUUAAAAGAUGAUGGUCUUAACUUAUCAGACUGGCUGCAAUCUUUGGCUUCAUUUUGGGGUCAUCUGUGUAAGAAGUACCCAUCGAUGGAACUCAGGGGUCUAUUUCAGUAUUUGGUAAAUCAGUUGAAAAAAGGGAGUGGGAUUGAGCUUGUUCUUCUGCAGGAGCUUAUCCAGCAAAUGGCUAAUGUUCAGUACACUGAGAACAUGACUGAAGAGCAGUUAGAUGCUAUGGCUGGAAGUGAGACUCUACGCUAUCAGGCUACCUCUUUUGGAGCAACCCGAAACAAUAAGGCUUUGAUCAAAUCCACCAAUAGAUUACGAGAUUCAUUGCUUCCAAAGGAUGAGCCAAAAUUAGCAAUUCCACUUUUGCUACUCAUUGCUCAGCAUCGCUCUGUGGUUGUGAUCGAGGCUGACUCUCCUCACAUUAAGAUGGUCUGUGAACAACUGGAUAGAUGUCAUGGAUCCCUUCUGCAAUAUGUGGAAUUCUUAUGUGGUGCCAUGACGCCAAUAAUCUCGUAUGCGCAGCUUGUUCCACGUCUUCAUGAUCUCAUACACUUAUACCACCUUGAACCUGAGGUUGCAUUUUUAAUUUAUCGACCUGUGAUGAGACUCUUUAGAUGUCAGAGUUCACCUGAUGUUCUUUGGCCUUUAGAUUGUGAUGAAUUGACGAGUAGUUCAGCUGCAGAGGACAGUGAAUCAAUGGAUAUAUCUGGAAAACUCAUACUUGAUCUUGGUCCUUCCCAGAAACCCAUAAUGUGGUCAGAUCUUCUUGAUACAGUUAGAACAGUGUUGCCUUCAAAAGCCUGGAACAGCCUCUCUCCUGAUCUAUAUGCCACAUUUUGGGGUCUAACACUCUAUGAUCUCUAUGUACCUAGAAGUCGCUACGAGUCUGAAAUAGCUAAACAGCACGCUGCUCUUAAAGCUUUGGAAGAACUUUCUGAUAAUUCUAAUUCGGCAAUUACUAAACGUAAGAAGGAUAAAGAAAGAAUACAAGAAUCUUUAGAUAGACUAACCAGUGAACUUCGAAAACAUGAAGCAAAUGUUGCGUCUGUUCGUAGACGUCUGGCCCGUGAGAAAGAUAAAUGGUUGAGUUCUUGCCCUGAUACAUUGAAGAUUAACAUGGAGUUCCUUCAACGGUGUAUAUUUCCACGAUGUACAUUCAGCAUGCCAGAUGCAGUAUAUUGUGCGAUGUUUGUUCACACUCUUCACUCGCUAGGCACACCUUUCUUCAACACAGUCAACCAUAUUGAUGUUCUGAUUUGCAAAACUUUACAACCAAUGAUAUGUUGUUGCACCGAGUAUGAGGUGGGUCGGCUUGGCAGAUUUCUGUUUGAGACGCUCAAGAUGGCUUAUUAUUGGAAGAGUGAUGAAUCGGUAUACGAACGCGAAUGUGGAAACAUGCCUGGAUUUGCUGUCUAUUAUAGAUAUCCAAAUAGCCAGCGUGUCACAUAUAGCCAAUUUAUUAAGGUACAUUGGAAAUGGAGCCAAAGGAUUACAAGAUUAUUGAUCCACUGCUUAGAAUCUACGGAGUACAUGGAAAUUCGCAAUGCUCUUAUCUUGCUUACAAAAGUUUCAAAUGCUUUCCCUGUUACUAGGAAAAGUGGGAUCAACCUUGAGAAAAGGGUUGCUAAACUUAAAAGUGAUGAAAGAGAAGAUCUAAAAGUGUUAGCUACUGGUGUUGCUGCAGCCUUGGCUGCUCGAAAGCCUUCAUGGGUUACAGAAGAAGAAUUUGGAAUGGGGUAUCUUGAUUUAAAGUCUGCAUCAUCAACAGCUUCAAAGUCUGCUCCAUCAACUAGUGGCCCACCUAGUGAAGCUGUAAGUGGAAGAUCUACUUCAGUAGUACAUCAUCAUGAUUCUAUUAGAGAGCCUACAGUGAGGGCAAAACCUUCAGAAAGUAAACAUGAAAAGGGAAAAGGUAGUUCACUAAGUAAUGGUUCAGAUCCUUCAUUACAAUCUGGACCAUCCAAAUCAGCAGAAAGUCAAAAACAGACCGAUGAUUCUGGAAGUAGAGUCUUCGAUGAGAAUCCUGCAAAAGGUGCUACACUGAAAAGGUCGGUUCUUGCUGCAUCUGUAUCAAAGCAAGCAAAACAGGAUCUUGCAAAAAACGAACCUAAACCAAAAACUGUUGGGAGAAUCUCAUCAUCUGCUGCUGGUGAGCAGGCUGUGGCUCUUCAUGAGCCUUCUAUAAAAGGCCCCACACUGUUGACAAGGUCAUCAGAAACAGAUACCGGUAUGUCAAAAAUGGCUGAAUCAAGAAUCACUUCUAUAAAAGAUGAGUCUUCUGAAGCUGUUGAUGUCCAAAGGCGGCCUUCAUCUCGACCCUCUCAUUCUCCAAGGCAUGAUAAUACCUCCGUCUCAAAAUCUAACGAUAAAGCAGCUAAGAGAACAAGCCCAGCUGAGGAACAAGAGCGCUUUGUUAAACGACGAAAAGGGGAACAUGAUUUGAGAGACAUCGAGCCCGAGGUUCGGUUCUCGGAUAGAGAGAGGUCCUUAGAUCCCCGAGCAUCAGAGAAGUAUUACCAGAUUGAAGACGAUCCAGUCAAAAGUAAUGACAAGUCAUUAGAUAAAUCGAAAAAUGAAAGAUACGAUAGGGAAUACCGAGAAAGAUUUCAUGGAGAUGAUGUUACAGAAAAGUCAAGGGAUAGGUCGAUGGAAAGAUACAGCAGAGAGCGGUCAGUUGAUAGGACUUCUGAUAAAAGCAAAGAUGACAGAAAUAAAGGGCGGUACAAUGAGACUUCUGUAGAGAAGUCUCAUGUUGAUGACCGGUUUCGAGGGCAAAGUUUGCCACCUCCGCCACCUUUACCACCACAUGUGGUUCCUCAAUCCUUGAAUGCAAAUCGAAGAGAUGAAGACUCCGAUAGAAGAGUUGGAACAAGUAGACAUUCACAGCGACUGUCUCCAAAGCACGAUGACAGAGAACAUAGACGAUCUGAGGAGAAUAUGUUAAUCUCUCAAGAAGAAGCAAAACGAAGAAGAGAAGAAGAAAUUCGAGAAAGAAAGCGAGAAGAACGGGAAGGAUUUGCAGCAAAGAUGGAUGACAGAGAACGAGAUGGAGAGAGGGAAAAGGGUAAUCUUCUGAAAGAGGAGUCGGAUGUGAAUGCCUCUAAGCGACGAAAGCUGAAAAGAGAGCAUCUGCCAUUGGAGUCUGGGGAGUACUCGCCAGUAGCUCCAGCACCGCCUCUCCUUAACAUUAAUAUGACACCGUCAUAUGAUGUCAGAGAUAGGGGGGACCGAAAAGCAGCUGUUCUUGCACGCCCUGCUUACGUAGAAGAAUCUAACCGUAUGCAUGGAAAAGAUGUACCCACGAAGAUGACACGGCGUGAUUCGGACCCAAUGUAUGACAGAGAAUGGGAAGACGAAAAACGACAGAGGGUCGAACCAAAGCGGAGGCAUCGGAAAUAGAGAUAUAGAUACACUGCUUGUGUUUACUUGUUGAAAGAAUGAUACAUGCUCUGAACAUUGAUUUGCGUGCCGGUUCUUCCAUCCGUUACCGAUUGGAUAAAUGCGUAAUCAUGAUACUCUAUUGCUGGUUAUAUGGUGACUUGUGUGUCUGUUGCAUGAUUCUCUGUGCUUAUCAUCAGUUCCAUAGGUUAACGGUGUAUGAUAAUGGAUCUUAUUUCGACUUGACUUGCAGAGUUGAUACAAGGGAAUUUCUCCUCACACUAGGAGUUUUUUAGUUGAUACUACAAUUUUGUGUCUGGAAGUUUUUAUUGUGCUACAUAAUUUAUCGAUUCGAAUUUGAUAUUUUAAGUAGUAAUGGUCAUAUAAUGAGGGAAUGGUUUUUGAUUUA